AAAGGGACUGAAGACUAAUUAAUUUGACUGGCUUUUUUAUACGAGUCCUUAUGACCUGCACGAUAUCAGCCAUUAAAACAUAGGCGGCUGUGCCCAAUGGAAGAGAUUUUCUGUUACUUUCUAUUGUAUUAUAAUUGUUUACAUCCGGCCUUUAGGAGUGAGUAUUAUGGUUUUUUUAUAUAGAUGUUCACCUUUUUUCCUAAUUAAUUCUUUUGACGGGGCUCUUAUGUCGGGGCCGUUUUGACACCGCACGGUUUUUUUUUUUAUUUGCUUCUGUAGCCUUGUCCAUCCAAGAACAAUCGGAUGUAUUCGGACAAAUCAUUCUUGGUGGUGGUACAUUGUUGAUCUUGUAAACCACAAGCAAAAUGGGUCUUAAAAAGAACAAAAGCGUGGUUUAAUUUCGACAUAAAACACCAUACACAGCUGUUCCACAAUAAAAAUCCCCAGCGGUCCCGGCCAGGCGCUGUUCAAGCUACUUAAUGUCAAACAUUGUGCACAUACUAAAAAACAAGUGUCAACAUUUUCACUUACACACUCCCAAGAUUAACGAAAUGCUGACGUGAAAUUCGUAUCCCCUCAAAAAAUAAAAUUAUAUUGUUAAGUAAAAAGAAGUACAAAGGGAUAAAAGUAAAGUAUUCCCAACAUGUUAGGAAAAACAAAGUCUCACACGAAAGUUAGCCGCACCGACCAGGCACUGCCCUGGCUGUUUUGUGAUCUAUAUCGAUGUUUAGCCAUUUGACUCGUUCAGCCACUAUCGAGUUAUUCUAAAACCAUGUAAGUAUUUUUAACAGGGUUUUAUGUUCAACUUUUACCACAACUUCUUACUUAGACUAAAUCAGGCAAAUAUCAAACCAAAUGCCUAAGUAAUAUUUUAUUCAAUGCACACUAUAUUGGUUUUUUUUUAUAAACACAUUCUCAGGAGGUGUUUACUUUUAGUGUUGGUUGUUUUUACAAGGAUGCGUUGUCGUUUUUUUUAAAGCUGGGUUCUUUUUAUUCAGAAUAGUUAGAAAGCAUCUAAGUUUAAAAAAAAAAAAACUCACACCCAUUAUUUCAAUUUAAAUGUUGAUUUGAAAUGUCAUCCAUUUUAACCAAAUAAAUAAUCAAGACGAAUGUUUAUUUUAUUCUAAAGUGCCUCAGCCUUGAUUAAAAUUAAUUUAUGUAAGUGUUAUUGAAAGUCGCGUUUUUUGUUGUAAGAAGAAAAAUACUUCACGUAGUACUUUGGUUUUGAAACAACAAUAGAGUUUAGUAAAAUAGUAAGUUCUCCAUGUUCCUUGUUGAUUAAUUUUAACUUGAGCUUAGCUAAAGCUUUUUUUUGAGUAAUGUAUAACUGUAUUUGUCUAUAAAAUUAAUUUUUCUAAUGAUUUUAUUUUAUUGUUGAGAGCGGGCACCUGUCAAAUGUUACAUAUUACAUUAUUAUAAUACAAGUAACACUUAUAUAUGGUAAUAUCUGAACCGCAGAUUAAAACAUGUUUCUUUUAUGCCUGUUUUUCGGCAGGCUUCGCUGCUUGUCUAGUUAUAAUAUAGAACUUGUAUUGUUGUAAAGUAAAAAGAACAGUAUCUUCGCUCACCGAGUCUAUGUCCGAGCUCCCCCGUCAUGUCAAGUCUGACAAAACGCCCUACAAUCACGCUCCUCACCAACCACCGAAGACAAUGUAAACCUUUGCUGAUGCUUGCUGCCACUGUCUUGGUCUCACUGCUUGUGCUGGUCUCUGACCACUGGACGCGCCUGAUCGUCCAAGUUUCCUACCCGGCUGGUCCAGGAGUAUGGGGCUCUAAUACCACCAGACGCUUUACGACACUGCUGUCAAAGGGAUUGGAAACAUUUCAGCCAAUCGAUGAGACCGAUGGUUGGGCUUACUCCGCCUACUACGACACCUAUGCCAACAACGUCACACUUAUUCGGGUCAUAGGAAUAGCCUCAGUCUCAAACCGCACGGUCUACUGUCACGUGGUUCAGGACGGGCACGUGACAAUCAUCGCCGGCAAAUAUUUGUUUGUAGCACAGCAACAGCGAAAAAGGUACGUGGCGACGAUGUUUGAAUGUUUUGUAGGACAACACUUCAAGCCAACCUCCAUCUCUAUCACAUACAAGUCUGACGUCACACCGACCAAUCUUUUAGAGAUUCAGUACCCCAAACAAAGGGAGAGAAACUUUACAGUGUGUUACCCCGCUUUGUUUGGUUACAAUAACAUCUCUAGAAUUAUCCAGGCCAUCGAGAUCAACAGAGUCCUUGGCGCCCAGCAUUUCUUCAUCUACAACUACAGCAUCUCUCGGGAAAUGGAUGCAGUGCUGCGUCACUAUCAGGAUGAAGGCGUCCUCACAGUCCUGCAAUGGCCGCUACCUUUAGAUGACGUCAAGGACAUUUGGUACUACGGUCAGAUGAGCGCCAUCAACGACUGUGUGUACCGCAACAAGUUCGUAUCCCAGUACGUGGUCAUACAAGAUCCUGACGAGUUGAUCAUACCAAACCAUCACAUGACCUGGUCAGACCUGAUCGAGGCAGCGGAACUUGAAUAUCAAAAUAAACACAAGGCCAAUGCCAGACCUCUAGGAUCAUUCACGUUUGAAUCCGCUUUUUUUGACACUUUAUCAAAUUCCACCUUGUGGGAUCAGGUUAAGAAAAAUUUCUCCAUCACAACAGACGAAGAAAAUUUCUUUAAAAAAUAUUUGAUUUUUCCCCUUUACCAUUUCAUUAGACAGUCCAGCAUUUACAAAUUUCCCACGAGAACAAAAACCAUUGUGAGGCCCGAGCACGUUCUCGUGAGCAGUAUCCACUACACCCAGGUGCACAGGAACAGAGCAACUCGCAGCGUGGUCAGCAACGACCUGGCCAUCGUCCAUCACUACAGGCAACAGAAGGGUGUUACUUGCAACGUCACGGACACGUCAGCACUUAGAUUUAAACAAUUGACUUACCCCUCCUUGAAUGCUGCCUUUAAGACAUUCUCUCACCUGUUGAAACGAAAUCACUAAAGAGCCACCAAUGUCUGAACGCAACUUUUGUAAUCUUUUGUAUUAUUAAUGCGAAGCCAGUAAAAAUAA